AUGGCAACACAGGGGCUGGCCAUCCAAAGCUACUAUCACCAACAACACAGUUACACAGAGCAUCCAGAGGAUAUAGCAUUGAGCGACCUAAGCCAUCAGGCUUCCUUGCAAUCGCUCGACAAUCAUGACGAUGAUGAUGACGACGACAAUUCCAGUGUACACAGCUUUGAGCUCUACACGCCAGACGAAGAGAAAUCCUUACUCAGGAAACUGGACACUCGUCUUGUAUUAUUCCUAGCACUCUUAUACAUGUUAUCGUUCCUAGACCGGUCAAAUAUCGGAAAUGCGAAAGUGGCAGGCCUGUCAACAAGUCUGAACCUCAGUUCAACGCAGUUCGAGUGGUUGUUGACGGGCUUCUACAUGUCUUACAUCUGCUUUGAAUGGAUGACUCUUUUAUACAAGAUCUUUCCACCACAUGCAUAUAUCUCAAUAUGUGUGCUAGCUUGGGGUUGUCUUGCGUCCCUGCAAAGUGUCAGUACAGGAUUUGGUUCGAUGUUAAUACUCAGGAUCCUGCUUGGGAUAAGUGAGGCAGCAUUUGGUCCUGGAGUGCCUUUUUAUCUGUCAUUCUUCUUCAAGAGAAACGAACUUGCCUUUAGGACUGGAUUGUUCAUCUCAGCUGCACCUUUAGCCAGCAGCUUUGCAAGUACGCUAGCCUUUGCCAUCGUCAAGCUUGGGAAAAACACGGCCAUCGAGAGCUGGAGGAUUUUAUUUAUCAUCGAAGGCUUCCCCAGCAUACUUGUCGCUGUAUGGGCCUGGUAUGUGAUUCCAGACUCGCCGUCAACCGCGCCAUGGCUCUCAGCUAGACAGCGACAUAUAGCAACCUUACGAUUGCGCAAACAAACGGAUACAUCCCAAAAUGAUACUUUUGGGAAUAAGCAACCGAAGAGAUUUGACUGGUCUGCUGUGCGCAACACUUUGCGCGAUCCAAAGAGCUACUUGACCGCUGGCUGCUUCUUCUCCUUGAAUGUUGCCUUUUCUUCAAUGCCUGUGUUUGCACCGAUCAUCAUUCAGAAUAUGGGAUAUUCAGCCAUAAAGGCUCAAGGCCUGGCUGCACCUCCACACCUUUUCGCCUUCGUCGUGGUGCUUGUCACCUCGGUCAUCUCUGACCGACUACAAUCUCGUUCGAUCCCCAUCAUAAUUCACGCCAGUUCGGCGCUGAUCGGGUAUCUGUUACUCGCACUUUCUCCCAUACUACAUUUGUCAUCUACAGCACAAUAUAUGUGCAUAUUUCCGAUAACCUCUGGCUUUUUCAGCGCCGUCACAACCGUCAUUGUUUGGACCGUCAACAACCAGCAAAGCGAAGAAGGGCGUGGUAGUAAUGUCGCACUCCUGAAUGUCAUCGGCCAGUUGGGACCUCUUCUUGGGACGCGACUCUAUCCAGAAUCUGAUGCUCCCAAUUACAGAAAAGGCCACGCCUUGUGCGCUGUCUUUAUGGGCUUAGUUGCGGUGUUGGCUACAAUCCUGAGACUCCUUCUUGUUAGAGCUAAUGCGUCUUUGCGCGAAGGUCGUACUUCAGCCAAGGAAGAGGGCGCGGCUGUACCGCUGGUUGGGGGUCACGGAGUUUCAACAGGCGAUUUCGAGUACAUGCUUUAG